CAUGCCUGUUUUCACACAGUCUGAUCGUUUCUCAGUCUAAGUUUAUCUUGUCAGUUUUAUUUCCUCUUUGGUUCCAUGAAGAGUCGAUCGUUUCUCUGAUCGUCUCCAGUCCAUCGCUCAGUUUCAACAUGAACACAGUGAGCUGAGCUCUCAGCCCUGAGGGACUCCAUCCUUCGAUCAGAGCCUCUGUGGGCAGCUUGUGGUUUCUUCUGAUAACUUUCUGCGUUUCCUCAUACGUCCUGCUCACCUUUAUCGCUCGUCAGAUAAAACUGGUGUGAAGCAGCAGCUCGGUGCCAGCAGCCUGAAUCUGUCGCGUGUCUCGUUGCUCUCACAUCCUCCUGCCGCCGGCUGCGGUUUGGCUCAACAGGAUGUUCUUGACUUCGCUCUGAGACGGACAGAACGGCUUCAGCCUGCAGACGAGAUGAACGCCGCCGCACCGCCGAUGCUGCUCUAUUUAUCUCUGAGCUUCAGCUGCUGCCAGAUGGUUUCCUGCCAUGAAGCAUCUCCUCCCUCCUCCCUGGUCGUCUCCCCCAGCCGGUCUCAGUUCUUUGAGUACGGUUCUGUCUCCAUCAGCUGUGAGCGGUUUGGACCGGACGGAUGGAUGGUGUGGAGACAAACCGCAUCAGGGCUGCAGGUGUCUCCAUGUUCUGUGUGGGGAAGUCAGACCUCCUCCACCUGCACCAUCAGCACCCUGAAGAAGACGGACAGCGGCGUGUACUGGUGCGAGUCCAGAUACCGGGACAGCAGCCACACCGUCAACAUCACCGUCACCACCGGACAGGUGGUCCUGCUCGGUCCAGUCCUUCCUGUGACGGAGGGAGAUGACAUCACUCUGACCUGUCAACAUAAGAGCGGAGCUCCACAUUCUAACGCUGAGUUCUUCAAAGACGGAUCCAAGAUGGCGUCUGAAGGCGAACUGGUCCUCCGUAACGUCUCCAGGGCCCAUGAAGGAGGUUACGCCUGUAAAAUCAACGGGGUCACAUCUGAGACCAGCUGGCUGCUCAUCAGAGGUCCACCAGCAUCUAUGUGUUAUACAUCUAUGGUAGAAGAGUUUCCACUGACUGGGUGUCCAUGUCUGUCCCCAGAUGUGUCCAAGCCGGCGUCUCUGACUGUGAGUCCGGACUCGGCUCAGGUUCCAGAGUAUGGCUCCUUCAGUCUGAGCUGCAGCAGCUCGGCUCCAGGAUGGACCAUCAGACGCUUCUCUGACACCAAAAAGACGUCCAGCUGUGGGGGAGACUGGGGCGUCCUGUCUUCUUCUUCUGUCUGCAGCCUGCAGACGGCCAAGAAGUCUGACAGCGCCCUCUACUGGUGUGAGUCUCCGUCCAUGCAGCGGAGCAACACGAUUCAGAUCACCGUGCAUGACGGUCCGGUGGUCCUGCUGAGUCCGGCCCUUCCUGUGACGUCUGGACGAAGCGUCACUCUGACCUGCUGGACCAAGAGCUCGGCUGCUGCCUCGGCUGAUUUCUUUAAAAACGAUUCCUUGAUCGGGUCGGGAUCAGGAUCCUUCACCCUGCACUCCGUUUCCACGGCCGAUGAAGGUUCCUACCGCUGCAGGGCGGGAGGCGGAGACUCUCCGCCCAGCUGGCUGUCGGUCAGAGCUCCUGCAGAUCCAGAUCCUCCUCCUCCUUCUCCUCUUCACUCCAUCCUGUGGAAAAUCCUCUACGCUCCGGUUUCCAUCUUUUAUUUCAUCCCCAGCUGCAUCUGCAUCUAUAAACUCAGAGCCACAGGCUGGAGCCCAGCGGGCCGGACCAGAACCUCUGGACCCAGACGAGCCGCAGAAGAAGAAGAAGCAGCAGGUGGAGGCGACUACGACGACGCCAUGAAUCCUGUGACCACUGAGCAUCGCUUCUGAGUCUCGGUUUAACCUCCGACCUCUAAAUGUUUCCCUGCUGGUGUCAUUUGUUUCUCUAUUAUCUGUAUAAAGAAUAAAAUACAAGCUUUUUAUUUUUUAAAUUAGUUUUUUAACGGUUCAGGAAGGAAACUGAGGUCAAAACCUUUCUGAAGUUUGACGUCCUAGAAAUGUUUAUUAAUAAAUGCUUAAAGUUAAAUUUCAUCAUGAAACUUUGAAACUAAAUGAUGAAAAACGUUUUUAUUUUGUGGAGUUAAAGGGAUAAAAACAGGGCAGCAGGUGAAGCUGCUACAUUUAGCAUUAGCUAGCAGUGUCUGUUAGCUAAUGCUAAUGCUAACA